AUAAAAAGAUCGAGUUGAGUUGAGGUCGAUUACAGAUAGAUCACUAGUCUACGGUGACAGCUCACAGCAGUAAUUCCUUAUUGAAAGCUCCUCAAAACAAAUUCCACUCCAGAUUGUGGCUGCGACAACCUGAUAGCGGGAGGAGAGAGAAAGAAUGGCGGGGGAUUUGUUCGGCGACUUACCACCUCCUUCAUACCACUCAUCUCCUCCUCAAGAACAUCAACCUCUACAACUUCGCAAAUCCGUCAAAUUCAAUGCAAACAAUACUACUAAUGACCCUAAUUUACUCCCUCCUCCUCCCCUUAAAAGCGCCCUUAAACGGCCCAAACCUCCAGAAUUUACCUCUCCUCUUGAUAGUGGAUCUGAAAAGAAACUGCGGUUUAAAACCACUACCGAUGCGUCAGUAUCACAAAUUGUAGAGGCCAUGCAGAAGAUAGCCUCCCACAUAGGUAACCCUGCGAAGUUCAGCAAAGCUUCAAAGUUGGCUGUACAGUUGAUUCAGGCUGGAAGCGUCAGACCUGAAACAGCUGAUCACUUCUGCGGCAUACUGGAAGCAGCAAUGCUUUCGCCUACUUUGUGUAAUGAUGCUUCUGUACGAUCUGAUUAUCAUACAUUGUUUUCUGUAGCACAAGAUGCAAGAGAAUGUCUCAAUAAAAUGCAGAAGAAUCGGCUAACUGCGUGGACUAUCCGGGCUGUGGUGGCAAAUGACUUGUAUACUGAUGACAGCUUUGUGUUCUCAAAAGCUUCUGGACACAUCAAAGAGUUGAUAUCUAAUCUUCCUGUUGCAACCAAGGAAGAUGAUGCUGUGGAAGCUGCAGCGCUUCGAGACGAGAAAGAAAUGGCAAGUAAAGAGGUUCAGUCAAACCAAGAUGUGAUUUCUUCUGAGGGUACCACUGAAGAAGAGUCUGAUCCUUUUGGGCUUGAUGCUCUUAUCUCAAAUAAACCGAAGAAAGACGAGAAAGGAAAGGACAAUAAAGGGAAGGAAGAAGAGGAGAUGAUGAGAUUCCUGAAGUUACAAAGAGAAGCCCUAAUCAAUUGUUUGGAAAUAGCUGCAAAGCGCUAUAAAAUCCCAUGGUGUCAGACUGUUAUUGACAUAUUGGUGAAGCAUGCCUUUGAUAACGUAUCAAGGUUCACCUCUCAACAAAGGCAUGCCAUCGAGAAACUUUGGGCUUCAAUACGGGAUCAACAGACUCGUCGAAAACAAGGGAAGUCAGUUUCGGGUAAGCUUGAUGUGACUGCUUUUGAAUCUCUUCAGGAGAAGUACUCGAAUGAGAUUAUCAGCAUUCGUCGUGCUGUUGGGGGCGCCGGGGAUCGUCGUUGUCAGCAGUGGCUUGGUUGAUUGGCUUUAUUUUCUUUAGUUUGUACUAUGUACCAUCUUUAAGACUUAACAGUGUUUGAAUAUCUGUGAAAACGCCAGUGUCAUUAAGAGGAGAAAUAUAAUUCACAAUUAUAAGCUGCAA